GGGGAGCGCGGAGGAGCCGCCGCAGGGCGCUCGGAGGGGCGGGAUCGCGAGGGCGCGGGCCAGGGAAGAGCCCCCCGGGCGGUGCCCGGAGCUCGGCUGGGGGUCGCGGUGGAGAUGCGGCGGCCGCCAGCGGCGAGACGCGGCGCUGCAUGAGCAGACCGGACGCGGGCUGGCCAGCCCGGCGGGGUCGGCACCUGCGGGGCCCGGGAGCGGCGCAUCGCAUGAUGUCAGAUCUGGAAGAAAAGCUGGUUUAUUCGCGUUGGGGAGUGUGAGGAAUAAAUCUCGCCCAAGGUCACGCUGCUUGUAAGAGAACAUAUGCUCUGGGGAAGUUUCAGGAUUGAGAACAACGAUUGUCAGGUGGGCAAUGGGAGUUCCACUGUUUACUGGGUGGCCUUGAGAAAGCCCUUGCACUCUCAGACCGUAGUUACCUGCUCUGUGAAAUGGGGAUGAGAGCAGGACCUGGCUCCGGACCAUCCUCUGGGUGCCACGUCCCCAUCUGCACCUUGAACUUGACCGCCCCAGUUUCCUCAUCAAGCUCAGACCGAGGGUCUCUGCUGCAUGGACCCCACAGCCUCUGGAUCACAUGAACAUUGAGUCCCAGAGCUUCUGAACACAGGCCCCUCCUGAUGAGCCCACAGUGUUCUGUGUGUCCUGUGGCCCGGCCCAGGCAUUCUUAGACUCUUAGUAACUGGAAUACUUUGUCUGUUCAGACUCAGAGUGAUCGGUGGGAUUUCAUGGUGUGUCAAGAGGAAUCUUGAAAACUGGGCUGCUUCUCUGAAUUAGCUGGAACUCCUUUUUUGUCUCGAGAUUUAAAAACUCCGGGAAGGCAACCUGAUAGCUAGAAUCUUCUCAGAACAGAAUGGGAAAAGAUUCUGAAGUUCUCAUUCAACACGUUUCUGUUUCAAGCACUGGGAGGUACCAAAAUGCCAAAGGGAAGAAUUCUUAGAGCACAGCCUGCACUGAUAAAUGAUAAAUGCCCAAAAACUUUAGCAUGCACCUGCUGGGCUUGAUCUGCUGCAGAAAGUUCAAGAACAGUGUGAUGUCUUCUGAUUCUUCUGGUUUGGUACAGACUUUCCUCAACCCUCACUGGUCUCUUCGGUGUUCUGUAAAUAGUUAAGUCAAGGCUGGAGAGAUAAUACAGGGGUGAAGGCUCUUUCCUUGCAUGUAGCCAACCUCAGACACCAUAUAUGGUCCCCAGAAUAACCAGCUAGGGGUUGUUCCUGAGCACAGAGCCUACAAUAGCCCCUGAGUACCACUGGAUGUGGCACAAAAACAAACUAAUAAAUUUCAGUCUCUGUCUUGUCCCUGUGGUCUAUCGGGUGGAAGGCUCGCACCAAUGGGUAAAGGAAGGAUGACUGUUGUUUGGGCAGGACUGUUGUGAAAGAAGGAUCUGUGUGUGCAUAGUUCUGUGGUGUGAGAGAACCACCUAGAAUGUCCCUGCCCAACCAGUCCAUGAAAAGCCUCCCAGAGGCCUCCAACAGAUCCCUCAGCACUGAAGGAACUUCAGAUACUUGGGACCCAGGAACCCUCCAGGCAAUCCAGAUCUCUCUUGCUGUGGUUCUGUCCAUCAUCACCCUGGCCACGGUCCUGUCCAAUGCUUUUGUGCUUACCACCAUCUUCCUCACCAGGAAGCUCCAUACCCCAGCCAACUAUCUCAUCGGUUCCCUGGCCACCACUGACCUCUUGGUUUCCAUCUUGGUCAUGCCCAUCAGCAUAGCCUAUACCACCACCGGCACCUGGAGCUUUGGCCAGAUCCUGUGUGACAUCUGGCUGUCCUCUGACAUCACGUGCUGCACAGCCUCCAUCCUGCAUCUCUGUGUCAUUGCUCUGGACAGGUACUGGGCCAUCACCGAUGCCCUGGAGUAUAGUAAGCGCCGGACAGCGGGCCAUGCGGCUGCCAUGAUCGCCGUGGUCUGGGUCAUCUCCAUCUGUAUCUCCAUCCCCCCGUUCUUCUGGAGGCAGACCAAAGCUCAUGAAGAGAUCUCAGACUGCGUGGUGAACACUUCUCAGAUCUCUUACACCAUCUACUCCACAUGUGGGGCCUUCUACAUCCCGUCUGUGUUGCUCAUCAUUCUCUACGGCCGAAUCUACAUGGCUGCCCGGAACCGCAUCCUGAAUCCGCCAUCGCUCUAUGGGAAGCGCUUCACCACUGCCCAGCUCAUCACCGGCUCAGCCGGCUCCUCACUCUGCUCGCUCCACUCCAGCCUUCAUGAGGGGCAUUCCCAUUCCGCUGGCUCCCCUCUCUUUUUCAAUCACGUGAAAAUCAAGCUGGCUGAUAGCAUCUUGGAGCGCAAGAGGAUUUCGGCUGCACGGGAGAGGAAAGCCACUAAAACUCUGGGUAUCAUCCUGGGAGCCUUCAUCAUCUGCUGGCUGCCUUUCUUUGUGGUAUCCUUGGUCCUCCCCAUCUGCCGGGACUCCUGCUGGAUUCACCGAGCCCUUUUUGACUUUUUCACCUGGCUAGGCUAUUUAAACUCCCUCAUCAAUCCUAUAAUCUAUACGGUGUUUAAUGAAGAGUUUCGACAAGCCUUCCAGAAUGUUAUCCAUUUCCGGAAAGCCUCCUAGUGUUCUUUGGUGAUGAUUCUUAGCUUUUGUGUCCUGUCACCUCAUCUGAAUUUUAUUUAAAGAAAAAAACUUCCUGAGAUUUGGUUUAAUCCUGGUAUGGUUUUGGGUUUGGGUUCAAUCAAUGGAAUUGUCCAGCAUUAUUUCUCCCACUGUCUUCUUGAGCCAGCAGAAGUUGGGAUUCCAUGUGAACGGAGACAAGAUCACGGAUUCUCUUAGUCUGUCUUCAUGGUCCAUGUUGGAAGACAGACCAUGACCCACAGUACAGGCUGUAGAUGUCCUUCAGAGAAGAAACCGUCCAUAUAGAAAAAUCCCAGUUCAUAGAAGAAGCUUUCUGGUCUACCUACAUUUUGUAUAGAGCUCAGAAGAAGGUAGACAAGACUAAUGACCUGAACUGAAAGAUAAUUUGGCAUCAGGGUAGAGGAAUCUCAAUUCCACAUGGCACCUUAAUUGCAAAAUGUUAUUCAGUGAUUUCCCCCCCCCCAGUAAAUAUUUGAAUGAAAUAUCUCCAUGAGAUUCAACAGAGAUGCAAUAUUUGAGAUGCCAACAAAUUAGAGUAACAGAGAGGAAACUGGGCCAGAUCCACUACCUGGAACUCUUUCUUUCAUCCUAAUAUCUCUGCAUUAUCUUAAUGUUCUAAAGUGGCAAUCACACACACACAUACACACACACACACACACACACACCACCACCACCACCACCACCACCACCACCACCACAACCACCACCAACACCAAAACAGACUGACAAACUUGAACCCACCAAGCUUUGAGUGGAACACCAUUUUUAGUUUUUUGGUUUUGGUUUGGUUUUUUUUAGUAUUUUUAUAUGCUGUUCUCAUAUAAAAUGUGAGAUGUUGUGUGUUAUCAAAUAAAAGCAUGAGGUAUCAUGAUCAAUAAAGUCUUUGAGUCUUUGAGUAAUUUUUCCU